GCUUUCCGAGGACUAUUUAAAUGCGCCUGGGUCGAAUCGAGACCCAGAAUCCGUCUGGGUUUGGGAUGUGAUUGAUUUGAGGAUAUUGUGAGGAUUUUUGUUUUUCGAAAUAAAAAGGAAGCUCGGUUGUGGCUCAAGAUUCGUCAGAACCAUUAAGAGUCUGUUAAGCUCCCACAAAGGGAGUCGCCUCACCAAGCUUCCCCGGAUUCUUGUCUUACCUCAUAACGUCUUCGGUAGACGUAAUAGGAUAACCCUUCGACGUUUCAUACGGUAAAGAUGGCCUGUCGUUCCCGGGUGGCCGUGGUCAUCGGCGUAUUGGUACUCCUGUUCGACUUCUCGGCCGUCCACGCCAUGGAUUUCUUCUCCCAAUUCGAUGGCAUGUUCGAUGACCCUUUCUUGCUCAACUUUCAAAAUCGUUCGACUUGCGGGCGUCGUUCCAUUGCGUCGACGAUGUCACGUCCGACCGGGUCGUCGAGUGAAGGGGCGGGGUACGAGGUUGUAGCCGGCGAGUAUCCAUGGCAGGUAGCCCUCUAUCAAGGCAAAAUGAAGAAAUGCAGUGCCGUGCUCAUACACGAACAGUGGUUGCUGACCGCUGCAAGUUGCGUAUCAUACUUGAAGGAAUCUUACAUGGUGAUCGCAGGAGCUACUUCACUGCUCAUCGACGUUGACGAUGCGGACGACGAUGACGGCAGUCGACACAUGCAGAUGAGAAUGACGUCGGAAAUCUACAUACAUCCCCAAUACGACGCUCGGCGAAUGAAGGCCGACAUUGCACUCCUCAAAGUCAAGAUCCCAUUCGAACUCAAUGACUACGUCAGUGUGAUUUGUUUGCCAAGUCCCAAGAUGCAUCGCGACUUCCGCCCGGGUUCAAAAGCUGAGAUUGCAGGGUGGGGUCCUUUGCCCCCCGACACUGAGCGGCCUGGAAUGUGCCCUAGAUCCACAGAUGACAUCCUCGACGAAUGCGACGUUGAGGUGUGCGAAACGGACGUCGACUGCUCAGAAGGAGAGAAAUGUUGCCGUAACGGCUGUGACGUCAUGACGUGUACCCAGGCUUUACCUCCCAGACCGGGACCACGCCCUGGUGUCCUCAUGGGUGCGAUGAUACCCCUCAUCAACCACACCCUAUGCACCCAAGCCAUGAUGGGUCCGCUCCCUAAGGGGGUGCUUUGUGCUGGGCCUACCCCCCUGGACCAUGACGAUGGGGGCAAUGGGAUGGCGGAAGAAGGGGGCUUAUUGGCUCUGAUUAAACGGAAGAGAGAAAUGAAGAACAGGGGGCGAGUAAAUGACGACAACAGCGAUGAAGACCACGACGAUGACGGCCGACAGGGUUCAUUUGGCAAUAUCGACUGGGUGGAAAAGAUGUAUGAUGUCAUGGAGCGCGUGGACGAAUCGGAUGGCGGUGUCGAUGACUACGGGAGACGACGAGCCGGGGCGUGGUCGAUCGGGAUGAUGGGUGACGUCAUGCGAUCACGGAUGAUGAAUGAUGACGACAACGACGACGAUGGUGGUGGGAUGGAGGAUGAUGUGAUGAUGGAAGGGAUAGAUGGCGAAAUCGACAUCGAUGUCGAAAGAGCUAUGAUGGAUGAUGAAAUGGAAGGGGGAAUGGAAGAUAAGAUGAAUGAAGAUACGAUGAAGAAGAAAGAAGAUAUGAUGAUGGCGAUGAUGAAGAAGAAUUGCAAGGGUGAUUUGGGCAGUCCGCUGGUGGCCGAGUUGGAGGGGCAGUGGUACCUGUUAGGGGUGACCACCCUCCCCUCUGGGUGUCUUUUCGGGUCUUCCCCGGGUCUGUUCACACACGUCUUCAAUCUUCGGGAAUGGAUCCGACCAAUCUUCAACGACAAAGAACCAAGACGAAAGAGUAUGAUGUGUACCGUGGGUGAAUAUUCGUGCGGGGAUGGCUGGUGUAUACCCGAACAGUAUAGGUGUGAUGGAAAGAGAGAUUGCAAACUAGGAACAGAUGAAGGGCAGUUCUGUGAGGGAGCAACGAAAGGCUUCAACGUCUAUCUCGACCACCAUCUCAACCGGUCCACGGUCGCCAAGCCGUUCCCGGUGACGUCAUUCGCCCAAUGUGCUCGCGCUUGCUUGACCUCACCAUUCAUGUGCCCCGGGUUCGACGCCGUUCUCACGCCCAUUCAGGCCGACUUCCCACCCAUCGUUCCUAAAGGUUCAGCCGACAGCGAUGAUGACGAUGAUGACGAUGACGACGACGACGACGAUGGAACCUGGUGGAAAGAUGUAACAUACGAUGCGGAGGAUGAAAGCGGGGAAGAGUUACCGAUGAUGAUGGAGGGGAUGACGAUUAUGUGCUUCCUAGCGAAUUCGUCGUCGACCGUCGUCAGCAACGGGAACGACACGGCGAUCAUUAGACGUCUUAAGAUGGCUAUGAUGGAAAAGGGUCCCUUGGUUAAGCCCGUCCCGUUGCACUUCAAGCUUCCAAGACAUGUUCCUUUAGCAGCACUCUUCUCUCCGACCACGAAUCUGUACCUCAACAGGGGACUCAUCGUCUCUCCAUCCUACAUCCUUGGUAAAGACAUCGCCCCGGUUCUAGAAGACAAUUCGUUCGUCAUACGCUUCCUCAAGAAGCUUCUCAUGGAGGACCUUGUCCGAGGAGAUAGCCUCUUAUGCUUCUUGGGUCAUCCUCAUCGGGCUGUCCUCCAGGAGAUGAAGGAGGCGGUGAUGAUGAUGCGCAAAAAGGCGAAGAAUAUGAUGAGGAUGAGGAUGGAGAAUGAGGAACGAGGUGGGGGCAAAGAUGGAGUGAUGGAAGGAUUCUUGAUGAGGGUGAGGGGGAUGAGAAUGCAUCUGGAAGAGAUGGCGAGGAAUUUCACCCUGGUGAUGACCAGCAUGAAGGCGGACUGUGAUAUGAUGGACAUUAAAAAGGGUCUGGUGAUGAAGAUCCAAAAUAUGAUUGGGAACGCAUCUUGUGAGAUGCAGGGAGAAGACGGGGGAAGGGGACCGAUGAAGGGUGGAGACAAGAAGGUGAUGCCGGUGGUGAUGGUUGUUUCGGAGAUGAUGAAUGAACUGCAGGAGCUGAUGCCGGAUCUACUCAUGAAGAACAUUUAUCCCGAUCGAGAUGGGAUGGAAAUGAUGAAGAUGAUUGCGAAGACGCAGAUUGUGGAUGGUGAUAAGAUGAUGAUGGGGAGGGGGAGCAUGAUUGGGGAUCCCUGGGGCAUGCUGGGUCACGAUGACGUCAUAUCCGCCUUCCUGACGGACAGGAUGGAGGUGAUGAAGCUGGACCCAGAGAUCCUUUUCAAGAAUUACAAUUCUAGUGGACUAAUGAUGAUGAUGAAGAAGAUGAUGAUGAUGGUCACACACGCACUGGCAUCGGGUAGGUGCAAGGAAGGAAACGUGACGUCGGGUGACCUGCAGGAGUCUGAAGAACUCUUGAUGCCUGCUAUGGAUCCUGAUAUGGGUUUUGACGACGUGACCUCGACAGACGCUCCAGGUGCGAUGAAGCUGGACAUUCUCGGGAAGAGACCCAAGUUACGGCAUCUGAAAUGGUCCAUCGCACAGUCUCCUCUUCAAGUCAACACCGUCAGCUUCAAGGUCCUGGACGCGAGAGGACCGAUGCCCGGAGACAACAACAUGGGCAGGGACUUCGGAAUGAUUUCCUCGAGAGGACUCGGAGGACUUGGCAUUGAGAAAGACGUGAUUGUGAGUAGCAUGAUGAGGAGGGUGGCCAUGAUAGACCAGAAGUCCAUGGGUAAAGAUUGGAGCAUGGAUGAAGACAUGGAAGGAAUGCCGGACGAAAUGGCUUCUCCAAGUAGCGAGAUAGGGCGAGAUGCAACUGACUCGGACCUGUCAACCACAGAUACCGAAGAGGUUGCGAUUGACGAAGUUCUUCCAGGAAACAUCGAAGACGGUAUCUUCUGGAGGAUCGUCGAAGCUCUAGUUGAUAUGACCUCCAAACUGGAAACAGGCCCCGAUUCCAACCUCAUUUACCUUAUCGAGGCCAUGCGGAUGGGUGAAAUCGACAAAGAAGCUUUCAUCGCCGGCGUUGGACCUGCUGUCUUCCGUCGCGUCUACGCUCGCGUGAUGAUGAAGUUGAAAAUGCUUGAUGCCCCUGGUCGGGCUUACCCCUUGGCCGCUCUCCAUCGGGGAAAAACCUUCAGCAUACCUGGGUCAUUGACCGAGGUCGAGCAGUUUACGACCAACGAGACCAACCAUGGCAUCGUCAUGGAAUAUAAAUCAGGAUGGUCGUGCAAUAAGAGGAUCACCAAGACCAUGGGGGUUCUGACGUCACCAAACUUUCCCAUGGCGUAUCCUAGCAACGUACGGUGUAACUCAUUAAUCUCGGCACCACCCGGUUACGUGGUCAUUCUCUUUGUUGUGCGCUUCAAACUCCCUUGGAGUCCUUCCUGUCUCCAAGACAGUCUAACGGUAUUUGACGAGAUGUCCCCGCAGAACUGGGUCAAGCUGGGUCAGGGGUCAUUCUGCGGGACCAUGAUACCUCACGUCUUCCGGUCAACAGGCCAAAAUCUCCUGGUGAAAUUCAUGUCUGACGUCAACCCUGUUGAACACAGUGGCAUGGGAUUCAAGAUCAUGUACGCGUUUCAACAAGUGACCUACCAAGGGGGUCUCUUUGGGACUGCUUCCGGGUCAGACGGGAUGGGAGCCGACCGCUACGGCGGCGACGACGAGACCAGGAUCGACGUCAUGAAAACCAAACUGAAGGGCAUGAAGAUCUCUCUGGGCGUGAUCAGCGGCGUCUUCCUCCUCCUCCUCCUCGUCGGAUUCAUCGCUAUCAACUACCACACAAAACAAUUGAAGACGGAAGAACAGAAAGAUGCCUACGAUACCAAAUUGUAGGUGUUUUGCUCGCUGUCUUCGUGGUAGAAUGAAGAAAGCCCCGCCACUGAAUAGAAAAGUGUAUCAAAAAUCAGGCAGUGUUAGUCAUUCCAAUGAUUGGUUUUGUUUUUAUAUCAAUUACGGUAAUUCAAUACACAUUAUUUCAUUAGAGUAAUAUUAUUGUGAACACUUUGCGUACACUCUCAAGCAGUGAAGAGGAAAUUGCGCACAAAUUAUUGAGCGCCGAUCAUUGAAAUUACGUUUUACUUUAUAAUACACUUAAAAUAUAUAAAGAAUAAUGCUGAAUGUUUAUCAUACUUUAUCAUACUUUUUAUAAAUAAGUAUUUAUUGGAAAUGUAACAACACAAUCAACUCAAAGUUACUAAUAAAAUCAAGAGAAUUACGACCAUACGUAAAAAUGAGCGUGUUUACAGUGCGUAAAGAGUGUAGACAGAUAAUGUAAAAAUAAAAAAUCAAACCUCCAUUAACGACAAUGAGCAGAAAGUUUAAUAUUUUAUGUAGCGAUGUUUUCUUUGUUUUGUUUGGCAAUCAAUCAUAAUUAAGUAUUGUGCCACAAAUUAUAGAGAUCAAUUCUUAAUUUCUAAAUAAUUUCUUUUUUAUUUACUUUUAUGUAGUGAUAUACAAUUAUAGUCAUCACUGGUGAAGGAAUAAUCCCAAGCUCGGUGCUGUUAUUUUUAUAUUUACAGAGUAUGUGAAGCAUAGAUUUUGUAUACCUAGUAUAAGCCUUCAUUUUGUCGCUGUAUGAAGUAUUUUCAUUUCCGUUUGUAUAUUAAAGUUUUUCUAUCAUUUUCAAAUCAACUGCAAAUGUUUAUCAUAUGACAUUUGACACAAGAAAUUGCUAUCUUUCCAUAUUAGGUUAUACGAAGAAUACCAUGCUUAAAAGGAAAUCUAACUAUAAGUACACCCUUCAUCAUAUACAUUCUUAUACACUGUAUUCGCCUACGUAGAGUUGUCUAUUUCGGUUUUUUUUUUCAGAAGUUCAAUAUCUUUUGAUAUCUUUGUCAAAGUAUAAUGGCUGUAUUUUACACAAAUAUCACAAUAAUAACAUUAUGUAUAUAUUUCUUGUUUACGCCCAAGUAAAUUACGUUGCAACAUUUAACUGUUUGUAUUAUGUAAAUGGCCAUAUAUGUUUUCUUCUCCAAUACAUAUUUUUAUUGUGAUAUGUAUUCACAUUAUGUGUUUUUAUCAUUAAUAAACCAACCAAUCAAUCAACCGACUGA